AUGGGUCGGACAUCCCCCAUAUUGCGGUUAGUCGCCAACGAGUCCAAACUCAAAAUCCCUACGACCUAUAAUCUCCACAUUUCUUGCCAUGUGAAACCCAAUGCGUCCGCCCAGCGAACGGGUGUCACAGGAGUCGGGGCCGAUAAGGUUGACGUGUCGGUGGCUGCGGCUCCCCGCGCUGGAGCAGCUAACUUGGCUGUGUCGCAAGUGUUUGCAGAGAUUUUCAAGGUCCCCAAAUCGAAUGUCGAGGUUAUCCGGGGAACCAAGGCGCGUGAAAAGACCCUACGCAUUGUAAAUCUAGCGAUUGGCAACAAUAGCGAAGACGACUUCCUUCUACGUGUGCGACAAAUAUUGGUCCAAGCUGCUGCGGCUCCUCAAGUCGCGACAAUCAUCCCGGCAACUCAAUCCCGUGACGUAAAAUUCCCGCUUUUCUGCAGUGCCCAACAACCUGCGCUCAUCGCGAGUCCAAUUACCUUACUCCCCCACCAGCCUCCAACAAUGGCAGAGGUACACCCUCAAGAGUCAGAGGUGAAAUCAUCGUGUUCGGGCGCUUCAAAACGAAAGGCUCCCCUAGCGAGCGCCGAUUCCAGCACGAUCCACUUCACGUCGCGAAAUUCGCCAUGGACCUAUCUCAAGCUCCAACUAAUCCCACCGCCAAAUGAAUCGUCGCCUCAGCCCCUCGAUCCUCUCUCGGCUCGUACUUAUCUCUCCUCCGCGCUUUCGCAAUUUCUGGGUCUCACAGGGACUGCGAUUCCCAUUGAUAUUUUGAAAGUCGAACCCAGAUCUUCAACCUCUGCCACAGGUGUGCAGGACUCCGCUCCCGGCUCGAUCGGUAGAUCCAAAUACGACUGCGUUUGGGUUCGUGUCCCCCGUGAUGAUGGUGCGGCCGUCGUUGCGGCACUCAGCUCAUGGAUUGGAGGCAGUGGGAGCGGCGUCAGUGUUGCUUGGAGGAUUUGUGCGAAGGGCAAUCACCUGGGCGCUCUGGUAGCGGGAUCAGGAGCUGACCUGUUCGUUCCUUGA